AUGGUGGUGUUUACUUUUCACGCUUUGGCGUCACAUUUAUAAGUAGGUGUAAAGAGGUGGUCAAAACCAGGCAAAUAAUCCCCUAAUCCCUGUGGAGAUCAAUGGUUCGCGUAAAGUACAGGUACAAUCUUGUAAGGAUUGUCACACUCGAUGGCCGAGUGUUCCGGCCGGGAAUUUCGGAUCUCACGGAGAAUCUCAAGGCUCUUUGCCACCAAAGCUAUGGGGAUGUGGGUCUGGCAUCUGUCCAGAGCCUCAAGAUCAAGUAUAUCGAUGAGGUUUCACCGGUAUUCAUAGUGAGACUGCGGCAUGGAUGUCAUAGAUUUAUGACGAGUGUCUUGCCACUCGUGAAGCAGAUUGGCGGAACCCUCGUGAAGCUGGAGUUUUUAUUCACAACAAGCACAAUUAAGCGAUGCUAUAUGUUUCUUGUGGAGAAUUCUGAGAAGAUUCUGCUUCCGGAAGCUCCAAAAAUUCUCACCAAAGUUCAAUCAUCGUAAGAAAUUAAGCUGUUCAUGGAUCGGCGGCGCUCUGGAUUUCCUGAUUGAUCCAGUCGCGAUAGUGGGAAACGCGCACGAAGACAUUGGGAUGGCCACUAUUGCAGGGUGGCAUCC